GAGCUGGCCCUCCUCCAACAGGAAGUAGAGUCCAAUCCUAAUCAGGACCCUCUACAGUUAGAGGAGGUGUAGACCACACUCUCAGCAAUCAUUUGGUGCAACAGUGGCGAGAACAAACUUCUGACGUCUAAAUUCCUGCAUUCAGAUAUAUUAGUAUGCACGAAUUUAAGUUAUAAAAUGUUGUAGGUUUCCACAGAAUGAAGCCGUAGCUCGACGCUCUUCUAAAUCUCCUCGUCUUAAUCCACAUUAAAAAUCCAGAGAUUUCUCUCCAGGAGGAGAGUGACCCUCUUCUUCAUCAGCUCUUCUUCAUCAACUCUUCUGACUUUUUGAAGUAACUGACCCAUCAGAGACCAGACCCUGCUGAACCUGAACCUGAACCUGAACCCAGCUGUGUGUCCAUGAAGAGUAACCGGUCCAUGGAGCCACCGCUACUUUAAUAAAAGACCUGUAAGGGAGAGGAGAAUAGAAAUGGAGGAGAGGCUACUUGAAAUGGAGGAGAGAGGAUUGAUGGAGAGACUUGAAUGGCAGAAGGAGAGAAUUGCAAUGGAAAGUGAAAUUGAAAUGUUAAGAAGAAGAUUGAGGACCCAGAAGAGACCAGAGUCUCCUGAACCUGAACCUGAACCUGAACCCAGCUGUGUGUCCUUCAAGAGCGAACGGUCAAAUGAUGGUCGCUAUUUUGACUUUAAAGGAGAGCAACCCUCUGCUGAAAAGAGCAGGAUCCAUCAAAGACCAGACUCUGCUGAACCUGAACCCAGCUGUGUGUCCUUCAAGAGCGAAUGGUCACAUCAACGCUAUAUUAGUUUUAAAGGAGAGCAACCCUCUGCUGAAAUGAGGAUCCAUCAGAGACCAGACUCUGCUGAACCUGAACCCAGCUGUGUGUCCUUCAAGAGUGACUGGUCACAUCAACGCUAUAUUAGUUUUAAAGGAGGGCAACCCUCUGCUGAAAUGAGAGUGGACCAGGAGAGCUCAGAGGUUCCCAGUGGUCAGUCUGCCCAGCAGCAUCAAACACACCUGGACUCCAUAUUUAUGGUCUGUACAUGUACAACAACUACUUUUACAUCUAUUCUGUUCACAAUCAUCUCCAUGCUGCACUUUUCAGACCAGUGGUUUGUCAGUCUGUCCAACAAGUAUCUGAUGUUUGCUUCCAUGAUUUCAGUUUGAUUGUGUCAUUCAUAUAAUCUUC